ACGUGGAAGUUAGAGGGGAAGUCUAGACAGACAAACUGACAGUAAAAUACUUCAGCUGGCAGUUAGAAAACGAGAAAAUCUCAGACAGGAAUAUUAUACGCUCGUGUGACACAUUACGGUCUUCAACUUUAUUCCCAUGGCUAGUGCAUUGCGCUAUAGUGACAAAGUUGUCAUUGUUACUGGAGGAUCGAAGGGAAUAGGAAAAGGAAUCGUUCGAGUGUUUGUUGAAAAUGGGGCCAAGGUUGUAUUCUGUGCUAGGGGUGUGGAAGCAGGACAGGCUUUGGAAGCAGAACUAAACGGGGUGGGUCCUGGGUCAAGCUUGUUUGUGUCCUGUGACAUCUCGAAGGAAGAGGACAUCAAGAGGUUAAUCUUGGUGACAGCUGAGCGCUUUGGUCGAAUAGACUGCCUGGUCAAUAAUGCAGGAUGGCACCCUCCGCACAAGUCGAUUGAUGAAACCACAGCAGAUGAAUUCAGAGAUCUUCUUAACCUCAAUCUUAUCAGCUACUUCCUCGCCACAAAGUACGCCCUCCCUUACCUCCGUCAGUGCCAGGGGAAUGUCAUUAAUGUGUCCAGCCUGGUGGCCACCAUUGGUCAGAAGCACGCUGUUCCAUAUGUCGCAACUAAGGGGGCGAUCAUUGCUAUGACAAAAGCCAUGGCUGUUGAUGAGAGCCAGUUCAAAGUGAGAGUGAAUUGCAUCUCUCCCGGAAAUGUAAUGACUCCUUUGUGGGAAGAGCUAGCCUCUCAGUCCGGCAAUGCUGCUGCCACCAUCAAAGCAGGAGAGGAGGCCCAGCUGAUUGGUCGAAUGGGAACAGAAGCUGAGUGUGGAUUGGCUGCCUUGUUCUUGGCUAGUGAUGCAUCAUUCUGCACUGGUGUGGAUUUGCUGCUAAGUGGAGGAGCAGAGCUUAACUAUGGCCACAAGAGUCAGAUCAGUUAAGCAGCAGUAACAGACUAAUGAAAACAGUAAUAUCAUUUCUUGAUAACUUUGUUAUAAUCAAUAACUGUUUGUAUUGAUAAAGGUAAAAAGAUUUUAAUUUCUAAUAUUCUCCCAAUGGGUGAAUCAUUUGCACUAAUACUGAUAACUACUGUGAAUGCUAAAGGCAAUCUAAUUAAGAUAACAAGGCUAUAUGAUGUUUCCACUGAUAAGUGAUUGGACCAAUAAAGGUAUUAACACUGAUGUGAUAAGCCUAAUGCAUGGUCAAAACAGCACAUUUAUAUCUGGAUAAACUUCUCAUGAAGUGUAGCUUAGUUUCCCAAUCAGUCUCUUUCAUUCUUUCCAUCUCAUUACCCCCUGUGUUUAAUCAGAGAGAUAACUCUCUUCCUGUCCAUGAUGUUUGAUGAGUUCUCUGUCACAAAAUGGCAGCCCAGACAGGUGCUACACAUUGGUAAUCAC